UAUCAGUAAAUAUCUACUGAAUUCUACCAUGCCACUGGUCCGUGAGGUCCGGGGCUCAAUGGACGCGGUGUUUCACAAUAAGUGCUGAAGAUGGUGGCGAAGACUGACGUGGAAGCGGGAGGUGUUCGGGAGGAGAUACCACAUGACCAUCUGUUCAUAGUCACCGGUUUGUCGUCAUCCAACUUAGAGAAGCUCUCUCAAGAGAUUAUUCCAGAGACGAGUGGCCCGGGGCCUGCGGAGUUCGAGACAGCAAUAGAAGCGACCGGCUAUGGCUGGUUCAACGUGUGGCUGAUGCUGUGCACGCUGCCAGCCUUCUGGUGCGCCGUGUCCGUCACCAGCGCUACCUCCUACAUCUUCACCCAGGCGCAGUGCCAGAUGGGGCUGCGCCUUGUGGACAUGGGCACUCUCAACGCGAUGACUUAUGGAGGUAUGAUAGUCUCAGCAGUGAUAUGGGGCUUCCUCUCAGACACGCUGGGCCGUCGCAAGAUCAUUGUGUGGGGUUUGAUCGGUACGGGCAUCAUAGAAGUCAUCUCAGCAUUCAGUCAGAACUUUACAAUGCUUCUUAUCAUGAGAUUUUCUAGUGGAUUUCUGUUCAACGGUUCGUUUGCGGUGCUGGUCUCCUACCUCGCAGAGUUGCACCGAACCCAGCUCCGGGCCCGCGUCAUCCUGCUAACCAGUCUGUUCUUCACCAUCGCUAAUACCACCUUGCCCUUACUAGCUUGGGCCUUGCUAACGCGAGAGUGGCAUUUUAAACCCUUCGGGGAUGUCUUUGUCAUUCACGCGUGGAAUCUAUUCCUGUUAGCAACAGCGAUCGUUCCAUUAUUCACUGGUCUCGCCUUCCUGUGUCUACCGGAAAGUCCCAAGUUUCUCAUGUCCAGAGGUCGAAAUGAAGAGGCCAUGGUCAUAUUUAAACGGAUAUACGCAUUGAACACUGGAAAGUCUCCUGAGAGUUACCCUAUAACAAAACUGGUAGAAGAGAAAAGUGAGCAGCAAGGGCAAGGAUUGGAAGCUCUGAAGGCUGGCAUGGAACAGAUGCUGCCUCUGUUCCGAGCUCCCCACUUGUUAUAUCUGGUGCUCAUCUGCGGAGCCCACGUUGGAUGUAUGUUCGGGUCCAAUACUCUUCGUCUAUGGUACCCACAGCUAGCAGCUAUGAUUGGCACGGAGGAAUCCGGUUCCCUUUGUGCAGCAAUAUCCCCUACAGCAUCACGAGAGGUGGAAGAAGCAUGCCAACCAAUAGCUACGGAUAUGCUGACAUACCUGCAGAGCGCUAUCGUUGGUGCUGGCUCCGUGCUCACCUACACCAUAGGAGGCGCUGUGAUUAACAGGUGCGGUAAGAAGCUGGUGGCAGGUAUGUGUUGCGUGCUGAGUGCGGUGGUGAUCGCGCUAAUGCCACUACUGGGUACCACUCCCGCAGCCGUGGUUUGGCUGCUCACCGCCGCGCUGGCUCUCACCUCACUCGCCGGAGCCUCACUGAGCAGCAUCACCGUUGAUCUCUUCCCGACCUCACUCAGGGUGAUGGCCAUGUCGAUCUUCCUGAUGAUGGGUCGGGUGGGCACGGUGACAGGAACCGUCACCUUCCCCGCGCUCAUCGCCUACGGCUGCUUGCCGCCCUUCUUCACUAUUGCUGGGGUCUUGGCUGUUUGUGGAUGUGCAUGUUUUUUUGUGCCAAAUACAACACUGAAGAAACUAGAGUAGACUUAAGCAAUGUCAAUACUUACCAAAGGAUAAUUGUGAUUUUAUUAUGUAAGAAUGUGGCC